CCCUAUUAUUGGGUCAGGGGCCCCUUCGCGGCUGGGAACUAGGAUCCCCAUUUGCCCUUUCUUUUGGAGGAAGGGGGUGUGUCCACUUAUUUAAGGUUUGACGAUCUUGAACUCUCAUCUCGCUUGCCUCAGGGUCUGUUCCUCUCUUCGCUGGGGUCCUCAGGGGCGGUGAAGUUGGGGGUGGUUAGAAAUCUCCAGAAGGGAGGUGAGUGGUGAGGGUCCGAGCCUCGCGGGCUCGGUCGUCCUUGGAGGAGUUAGACGCGUGCAGCUGCGGUCACACGUAGUGGACAGGGAGGGCCCCGUGGUCACAGAACCGGGAAUAGAGCUGCGGGCAACAUCCGAACAUGUGGAAUCCCAACCCCGGGCAUCCAGGGUCAAGUCCAUAUCCCCCCAACCCUGCCUGUCCACCACAGGUCAAUCCAGCUUUUCCUCCUCCUCCGGGCCCCCUUCCCUGUCCUCCUGGGCCCCAACAUGGGAAUCCAGCUUUCCCUCCAUGUGGGCCCCACCAUCCUGUGCCCAACCCAGGAUAUCCAGGAUGCCACCCCCCAGGCCCCCACCCCUCUCCAUGCCCACCCCCUGGCCCUUGCAUGCCUCCUGUGAAUCCCUUGGCGCCUGGCAUGGUAGGACCAGGAGUGGUGAUGGAUAAGAAGAUGCACAAGAAAAUGAAGAAAGCGCACAAGAAGAUGCACAAGCAUCACAAGCAUCAUGGCAAACACUCCUCCUCCUCCUCCUCUUCCAGCAGUGACUCUGACUGAACACAGGGCCCGGACCCUCCCCUCCAGUCUCACCAGCUGUACUCUCCCAUCAAGCUUCAGAUGCCCUUGGCCCCCACCCCAGCCCACCUCCACCCGAGCCUCACUCACCCGAGCUGUUCAGCCCUGACUGGCUAGGCCCAGUGGGAAGAGGAUUGCCGUGGGCUAGCAAAGGCCGUCUUAUUGCCGCUUGGAUAGAUCUUAUAGCUUGAGAGUUUAGCAGGGGAACUGUUUUCUGAAGAUAAUGAAGACUAAGAUCUGAAAAAUGUGAUUUUUUUUCCUUCUUUUGUAAUACUUCUGACUGGGGGGUGGUAUCUGUGGAAAUGUUAAUUUUAAAGAAAAAAAAUCUGUGCCUUUGUUGUGAUGGUGGCACACUUGGGUGUGCCUAUAGCAGGUCUGCUCCCCAGCAGGCCUUUCAUUGAUUGUACCGACUGCAAGGCUGCUGGGAAGUGCAGUCUAUUUGGUUGAUGAGCUCUGAGUACUAUUUUGGAAUGUAAUCUCACAUCCUCAGCCAAAGAUGCUAUCUCUGGGCCUCUAGUUUCCCGUCUCUCAGUCCAAAUAAAGCCAUUUCUCCUGGUCUCUGUU